AUGUCAGCGCCCAAAGACGCAGCAGCUUCGGCCUCCUCCUCCUCCUCAGCGCCCAAAGACGGUGCGGCUCCCUCCGCUAGCCUAUCAUCUAAGGACGCCAAGGCUGCGGCAAAGGCAGCAAAGGCAGCCAAGAGGGCUGCUGCCAAGGGCCUUGCCGUUGGAGAGAGGCAGCAUCCUCCCAAGAAUGAGGCAGGGACAACAGCUGGCCAACAAGCAGCUGCUGCUGGUGGACAGGCGACCCAUCAGGGGCGAGGGCCAAAGGAAUCGUCUUCAGCAGCUGGCGCGGCAUCGGCGUCGUCAUCAGCUCCAGCUUCGAGCGGCGCAGCAGCUGCCACUCCUUCUCAGACUCUUGCUUCGCUCGCCUCAACCAACGCCUCCCUCCUUCAGCCUACCCAAACCGCAGCAGCAGGUCCGUCCUCAUCCACUGGAACUCUCUCCUCACACGACCUCAUUACCACCGUCCACCCUCCCUCGACCUCCCACUCGACACGCUCCACUCUCCUCACGACGUCCCUCACCCGCUCACUCCACCCGUCAAUCCUUCAACUACAACAACACCUCGCGUCCCACACCUUGCUGGGCUCUUCAGCUCGAGCCAUUGCCACCUUGGCCGCUCUGAGAGACUUCAUUGCUGACUAUAAGACACCGCGAGGUGCGGUGCUUAAUCGUGACUUGGUAGGGAAAUUGGGAGCACAGAUUGGCGGUAUCACCGCUGCUAGGCCUUUAGGUACGAGUGCCGGCAAUGCUGUCAGGUAUCUCAAGUACGAGAUCGGAGUCGUGCCUGCGGACAUGGGCGAGGACGAGGCGAAGAACCACCUCAUCUCCCGAAUCGACCACUUUGUUCGCGAUCGCAUCGUCCUCGCCUCUCGAGUCAUCUCAUCUCACAUAUCCUCCAAACUCCGUUCACACGGAGACGUGGUAGUCACCUUUGCCCGCUCCUCAGUCGUAGAGCGUUGUCUCCUCGAUGCGUGGCAAGUCGAAGGCAAGAGAUUCGAGGUCAUCUGCGUCUCGGGUGAGACCUUCGACGAAGGGCCUAGGAUGGCAGAAGCGCUGCUGAGCAAGGGGAUCCCGACUAGCUGUGUGCCGCUUACGGCCUUGGGGAGCGUUAUGCCGCGAGCGAGCCUAGUGCUGCUGGGUACGGCCAGUCUCCUCGCCGACGGGGCGUUGUACUCGAGGGCGGGGACAGCUACCGUCGCUAUGGUGGCGAACAGGAGGAAGGUCCCUGUCAUCGUGUGUUGUGAGACGUACAAGUUUAGUGAGAGGGUGAGGCUCGAAGGGGUAGGAGGCAACGAAAGGGCCGACGGUCACGACGAUGACUUGGAGGACGGUUCCUCGACCCCGUCCAACCUCACGAAGCUCAACCUCGUCUACGACCUCACGCCCGCAAAGUACAUCACCGCUGUAGCGUCCGAGGUCGGGCUCAGUGGGCCAGAGAGUGUGGCCAUCUUGCUACGAGACUACAAGAGCAUCUUGUUCGGCAGCUAG